CACAUUUCCAUUUGUUGACAAUGUCAAAUCUUGCAUAUUUUUUCAAAAUACUUUUAUGUUCGCUAGCUGGACAGACAAACGCCGCCGAGUACUAAACUGUAAACCAAUCAAAACUUGUGUACUAUCCAUGGUACUAUCUCUGCUGAUCACGUCUGCCAAUCACGUUAUCCGUAUCUAAGGUAGUAAACAGCUGGUGACAUCUCAAUAGAGAUCGCUGUCCAACAAACUGCUAUCAGGUAAAGUAUUUUUUAUUUAUUUGUAAUCUAACUAUUUAGUUACAGAAAUGUGAUACCAUCAAUGCAAGCUGUAAAAUGCUAGUUAGCUUGCUAGUUAAAAACAAGUAUAUAUGUUGCUAGCUAGCAGGAGCAGAUUGCUUUAUCACUAGCUAGCAUGUCAUUCUGGGACAAGGAGCGUUUUAGGUAUCAGUUUAUUCCAAGUAAUAAUUGAAGACUACAAAAAUCUAUAGGACUAAUAGUGAAAUCUAAUACAGUCAUCAAUGUAGGACCCACUCAUUUCAUUCAUACUGACAAAUAAGAAAUGCCACAUUAUCCUAGGAUGUAGGGUGAAUGCAGAGCAUCCUGCCUCAGACUGUCAGGAUGUUCAUUUUCUAGCUCACGAACUACAUUCCUUUGCUGUGAUGAUUUAUUUUAUUCAUUCUUGUCUCUCACGUUUGUUUCACAUGAUCUAUUCAGCUCUCCUGUGUCCUGCUCCCAGAGAUCAACCAAGUGCUAUUCACCAAGCAUGGGCUGAUUCACUCACCUGUGAGGAGAACCAUCCUACUGCAGUUUGAACUAGCUGUUUGAACACUAUUUAGACAUUGGGAUCGCAUAUGCAAUUGCCUGUUGUAUUUUCUUUGUGGAUUUUGUCUUACACAGUCUAGUGCAUUUUAGAGUUGAAGAACACCAACUACAGAUACAUGUGCUUGAUUGAGUAUCUCAAAGACUAAAUUCAUUGUAGAAUCAGUUUAAGAGGUGACAAACAUAUUAUUUUUACUAUUGUAACAUGCAGUGGGGAUAAUUCUAUUGUCCCCGUCAGGAGCCCAGGCUUUUGCCAUAAAUGAUAGAGUUCUCGUCUCUGCACCACUCAAGCUUUAGAUUGCAUUCUGCUAAGGCCCUUGUCUCUCUCUACAUCGGUCAGCUACGUUGGUGACCAGGGUGGGAUCCUUUCAAUACACCUAUGGGGCCUGGCCACAUAAAUGCUUCUAGAGAGAAGGGGGAAUACUGAAGCAUGCGUUGUUGACAGUUCUUCAGUCUCCAUCAGAGGCCCAGGCUUUUGGCAUAGAUAGAAAAGCUCUCAUUUCUGGACUGCAACAUUGUCAGAUUGUACCCUCCACGGCACUUGAUAUACAUUGAUUGGUAGGUUACACUAUAUUUAGAUACUUCAAAUACUGCCUGAGACACUUUUUAUAUUUGUCUCUGUACUCAAUAAAUGGUGAAACACUAUUUGUGAUGGUGUUCUUUGUUCGAAUGUAUAUGCAUGAAACGUACAGUACCAGUCAAAAGUUUGGACACACCUACUCAUUCAAGGGUUUUUCUUUAUUUUUACUAUUUAUACAUUGUAGAAUAAUAGUAAAGACAUCAAAACUAUGAAAUAACACAUAUGGAAUCAUGUAGUAACCAAAAAAGUGUUAAACAAAUCAAAAUAUAUUUUAUAUUUGGGAUUCUUCAAAUAGCCACCCUUUGCCUCGAUGACGCUUUGAACACUCUUGGCAUUCUCUCAACCAGCUUCACCUGGAAUGCUUUCCCAACAGUCUUGAAGGAGUUCCCACAUAUGCUGAGCACUUGUUGGCUGUUUUUCCUUCACUCUGCUGUCUGACUCAUCCCAAACCAUCUCAAUUGGGUUGAGGUUGGGGGAUUGAGGAGGCCAGGUCAGCUGAUGCAGCACUCCAUCACUCUCCUUCUUGGUAGAAUAGCCCUUACACAGCCUAGAGGUGUGUUGGGCCAUUGUCCUGUUGAAAAACAAAUGAUAGUCCCACUAAGCCCAAACCAGAUGAGAUGUCGUAUCGCUGCAGAAUGCUGUGGUAGCCAUGCUGGUUAAGUGUGCCUUGAAUUCUAAAUAAAUCACAGACAGUGUCACCAGCAAUGCACCCCUACACAAUCACACCUCCUCCUCCAUGCUUUACGGUGGGAACUACACAUGCGGAGAUCAUCCGUUCACCUACACCGCAUCUCACAAAGACACGGCGGUUGGAAACAAAAAUCUCAAAUUUGGACUCCAGACCAAAGGACACAUUUCCACCGGUCUAAUGUCCAUUGCUUGUGUUUCUUGGUCCAAGCAGGUCUCUUCUUAUUAUUGGUGUCCUUUAGUAGUGGUUUCUUUGCAGCAGUUCGACCGCGAAGGCCUGAUUCACACAGUCCCCUCUGAACAGUUGAUGUUGAGAUGUGUCUGUGACUUGAACUCUGUGAAGCAUUUAUUUGGGCUGCAAUUUCUGAGGCUGGUAACUCUAAUGAACUUAUCCUCUGCAGCAGAUGUAACUCUGGGUCUUCAUUUCCUGUGGCGGUCCUCAUGAGAGCCGGUUUCAUCAUAGCGCUUUAUGUUUUUUGUGACUGCACUUGAAGAAACUUUCAAAGUUCUUGAAAUGUUCCGUAUUGACUGACCUUCAUGUCUUAAAUUAAUGAUGGACUGUCGUUUCUCUUUGCUUAUUUGAGCUGUUCUUGCCAUAAUAUGAACUUGGUCUUUUACCAAGACAAUUCGUAUUGCAUGCUGCAUAUGUCAAGUGCAUAUUUAUCUUAUUUCAGUCUUUGGUAGCUAGCUAGCUAUAUAUGUUCCUCUUCAUCAGACAGCAGCUCGUGUUUUCACAAGAGGCUGUGUUUACAUCGUAGAUAGAAGCAAGCCAUUGGCUGCCUUCAUCACGAGGGUUAUGUACAGGAGUUCUGAUUGGUUCCAAGGUUAGCAGUUCAGCAAAUUUGCCUGAGCAGAUAGUGUUGGAAUAUACUUUUUAUGAGAAAAUGUGCAAGAAUUGAAGGUGCCCACAAAUGUUAUAGCCAUCAUAAGAAUGAUGCAUGAUGACAGGGAUCGAUCAACUUCACGUGCUUCGGCCCUCCACCUAAAAGGCAUUGCUACAACAACAUAAAAACAAUAUUUUCCUGCAGUUGCUAUGUGAGAGUGUGUGUGUGUUUGUGUGUGUGUGCACGUGGGUGUGUGUGCACGUGGGUGUGUGUUUGUGCACGUGAGGAGCACUGUUCUGCUAGGAUGGAGAUGGCUGGACAGAGACCUCAACCCACUCUGGCUCAAAAGCCUGAGACUUGUCUCUGUCUGUCUCUCUGUCUGUCUGUAUGUCUGUCUCGCUGUCUCUGUCUGUCUCUCUGUCUCUGUCUGUCUCUCUGUCUCUGUCUGUCUCUGUCUGCCUGUCUCUCUGUCUGUCUCUCUGUCUCUCUCUCUGUCUUUCUGUCUUUCUCUGUCUGUCUGUCUGUCUCUCUGUCUGCUGUCGGAAAUAGGUCCUGUGCAGGUUGGAACACCUAAAGGGUGUUCCAACCUGCACUGACUCACUAGUACCCAGUAUACUGCAACCGAAUUACCCAGCAUCUGAAUAUAUUACACAUGUAUGUCUUUUCCCUAUACUCUGACUUGACUGGCAUGUCCCUGUGUGUGUUCAGUUCGUCAGGACGGUGGGUGGAGCCUGUGGUCUCCGUGGUCAUCAUGCUCGGUGACGUGUGGUGAGGGCCAGAUCACCAGGAUACGCCACUGCAAUGCCCCCACACCACAACUGGGGGGCAAGGACUGUGAGGGCCAGGGGAGAGAGACACAGCGCUGUGAGGCCAAGCCCUGUCCAAGUGAGUAUGGGGGGACAACACCGAUAAUGUAGUCUUAGAAAUCCAAGACCUAGGGUGUAUCCUGGAACAUUGGUACAAUGUGGGAGGCAACCAGUCUGUCUAGAGAGACUAUAGGCACCUGGGUUCAUUUUUGCUUUCUUUCGAAUAAUUUAGCUGUGCAUUGAUUGAGCUAGCCUCUUUCUUUUGAAAGAGAACAAAUACUGUUUGUACCCAGUAUAAAGUAGUUUGAACAAGUAUUUUGGUCUGAUUCAUACCCACUUACCUGGAUUUACAAACAUGGAGAAGAAGAAGAGUUUUACACCUCUAUCCACUCGUAUAGAAGGGGCACCGUUCACAUGCUAAACGUGCUACGUGUCUGUCUUUCAUAGAACGUCAGGCUCAAAUCAAAUCGGCAUGUGCCCUACUGCGGUAAUCUGUCCACACAGUGCUGAGAGUGCACUGGCCACUACAGAAUGGAUGCAAAGGGGUUGCAUAUUUCCUGUGUGUGACCGUAGGCCUACAACUACUACUGUAAUUCUUUGCUACACUUUCUUACAGUAAAAGAGACUUGAUAAGACAGUAAUGUCAAGUAGUAAAACAUCCUCUUGGACUCUUGGAAGACUAGCCCCCAUUGUGAUCUAAGAGAUCAACAAAUGUGAUGGUCUACUAACUGUUUAUUUAAAAUCAAAUCAAAUGUAUUGGUCACAUACACAUGGUUAGCAGAUGUUAUUGCGAGGGUAGCGAAAUGCUUGUGCUUCUAGUUCCGACAGUGUAGCAAUAUCUAGCAAGUAAUAUCUAACAGUUCUACAACAAAAACCUAAUACACACAAAUCUAAGUAAAGGAAUGGAAGAAGAAUAUAUUUGUUGUCCAUGUGCAGUUGACGGUGGUUGGGGACCGUGGUCGCCAUGGGCGAUCUGCUCGGCAACUUGUGGGGGUGGAGUUAAGGGUCGGACCCGUGUCUGUAACAGCCCCGAACCCCAGUACGGAGGCAAGAAGUGCCCCGGGGAGACCAACGACAGUAAUGCCUGCAACAAACAAGACUGCCCUAUCGGUGAGUGUGUGUGUGUUUGUGUGUGUGUGUGUGUGUGUGUGUUUGUAUGUAUGUGUGUGUGCGUGUGUGUCCCAUUCAGCACCUCUGACCCAACCCCUCAUUCCGUUCUCUCUCCCUUUGAGUUAUUUUAACCUUCCCUCACUCCCUUUGAGUUUUUCCAAUUCAUUCUAGCAUUCCAGUUGAGUUAUUAUUUCAAAUUUCAACAUUCCUGUGAUAAGUGCUGUGAGAUUGGCCUCCAGGCAAAUUUUUGUCAAAUAUUUGUGCUGAUAACAAAGUCUGGAAGGAUGUGUUUUGCCAUUAGCUAAUGGUAACAUUGUGAAUGGGCAACAAGCUUUGAAAGCACUGAAACCUGCUAACUUUGAGAGAAAUGAAGACAGCAACCUGAAGUGAACCACCUGAACAAACUGGGGAAGUCAAUAUUCUAAAUAUACCAAUAAACAAAUGUCCAAACGUAGCUGCAUUAGUCCUGGUUCUCUUCACUAUCACUAUCUCCCGAGUGGCGCAGUGGUCUAAGGCACUGCAUCGCAGUGCUAGCUGUGCCACUAGAGAUCCUUUUUCGAAUCCAGUCUUUGUCAUAGCCGGCCGUGACCGGGAGACCCAUUGGGCGGCGCCCAAUUGGCCCAGCGUCGUCCAGGGUAGGGGAGGGAAUGGCCGGCAGGGAUGUAGCUCAGUUGGUAGAGCAUGGCGUUUGCAACACCAGGGUUGUGGGUUUGAUUCCCACGGGGGGGCAGUAUGAAGACAUUUUUUUUAUAAUGUAAGUCGCUCUGGAUAAGAGCGUCUGCUAAAUGACUAAAAUGUAAAUGUAUAACCAGUCGCCAACAAAUUAUGGAGAAUUGCUUCCCUUCACAUGGUUGCUUUAGUUAUAACUCUUUUAUAACUCUGUUAAAACACUUUUCUAACCAAUGCAUUAUUGUUCCCUGUCAGACGGUUGUCUGUCUAACCCAUGCUUCGGAGGAGUGGACUGUAACAGCGCCCCCGACGGAUCCUGGGAGUGUGGGCUAUGCCCUCUCGGUUUCCGCGGCAACGGAACCCACUGCGAAGAUGUCAACGAGGUAAUUUUGGGUUAAAGAAGCAUGUUACACAAGUCAGAUACUUGGUUAACCCACUAACUAAUGGUUAACCCUAACACUAACCUUAGCCUUAAUACAUUUUCAUCCCCAGGCUAUGCCUAACCAUUACCUUUGGAUCUUCCUUUACUCAUUCAUAUUCAUGACCUAUUACCCUACUUAGAAUGUAAAUCUCAUUCUGAUCCUCUUCCUCCACAGUGUCACAUGUUCUCUGAUCGAUCGGUUUGAUUGAUUUUAUGAUUGAUUGAUUUAAUAUAAUCUACUUCUGAUCCUCUUCCUCCUCCGUGUCACAUGGUCUCUGCUCUCUGAUUGAUUGAUUAAUUGAUUGAUUGAUUGAUUUUAUCUGCUCCUCUUCCUCCUCAGUGUGACAUGGUGUCUGACGUAUGCUUUAAAGCUGGUGGAGCAUUGCGUUGCAUCAACACAGACCCAGGGUUCCACUGUCUGGCCUGCCCACCCCGCUACAAGGGAACGCAGCCCUUCGGCAUGGGGGUGGAGGCUGCCAAGAAGAACAAACAGGUACGUCUGUUUCACUCGACAUCGGUUUUAGGUCUAGUGUAUUAUUUAGACUGCAUUUACACCGUUGCUGACCUCUGUAUAGAAUUGAGCACACAGCCAUGCAAUCUCCGUAGACAAACAUUGGCAGUAGAAUGGCCUUACUGAAGAACUCAGUGACUUUCAACAUGGCACGGUCAUAGGAUGCCACCUUUCCAACAAGUCAGUUCGUCAAAGUUCUGCACUGCUAGAGCUGCCCUGGUCAACUGUAAGUGCUGUUAUUGUGAAAUGUCUAGGAGUAACAACGGCUCAGCCGCAAAGUGGUAGGCCACACAAGCUCACAGAACAGGACGGCUGAGUGCUGAAGCGCAUAGCGUGUAAAAAUCGCCUGUCCUCUGUUGCAACACUCACUACCAAUUUCCAAACUGCCUCUGGACGCAACAUCAGCAGAAGAACUGUUCGUUGGGAGCUUCAUGAAAUGGGUUUCCAUGGCCAAGCAGCUGCAAACAAGCCUAAGAUCACUGUGCACAAUGCCAAGCGACGGCUGGAGUGGUGUAAAGCUCACCGCCAUUGGACUCUGGAGCAGUGGAAACAGGUUCUCUGGAGUGAUGAAUCACGCUUCACCAUCUGGCAGUCCGACGGACAAAUCUGGGUUUGGCGGAUGCCAGGAGAACACUACCUGCCCAAAUGCAUAGUGCCAACAGUAAAGUUUGGUGGAGGAGGAAUAAUGUUCUGGGGCUGUUUUUCAUGGUUCAGGCUAGGCCCCUUAGUUCCAGUGAAGGGAAAUCUUAACGCUACAGUGUACAAUGACAUUCUAGACGAUUCUGUGCUUCCAACUUUGUGGCAACAUUUUGGGGAAGGCCCUUUCCCGUUUCAGCAUGACAAUGCCCCCGUGCACAAAGCGAGGUCCAUACAGAAAUGGUUUGUCGAGAUCGGUGUGGAAGAACUUGACUGGCCUGCACAGAGCCCUGACCUCAACUCCAUCGAACACCUCCCCAACUGUGAGCCAGGCCUAAUCGCCCAACAUCAGUGAUUUAUUAGUGGCCCGCGUUUUUAGAAUGUGAGUGUACACUCUGCUGCAAGGGUGGACUCCGGGCCAUCAUACAUGAACAUGACACACCUUGCCCCUGUAUCAGGAGAGAGAGAGGGAGAAUGGCGGUAGAAGAGUUAUGAAGCUGUAGUAUAUACAGUGGGGAGAACAAGUAUUUGAUACACUGCCGUGGCAAGGGGGGAUGAAACGAUAAAGUUACGUGUAUGUGUCUUAAUGUUUUGUCUGUGUUUUAUCUACGUUUGCACUCUAGCAACACAGUAUUAACUUUUUAAAAUGCGGUUCUGUCAUGUCAAUAGCUACUUCCCACUGGGCACACACUGGUUGAAUCAACGUUUUUCCACUAAUAUCUAUGAAAUUACUUCGAACCAACGUGGAAUAGACGUUGGCAACAUCUGUAGUGGCUACAUACAUUGUUUUCUGCUUUGAAACCAUGAUAACUGGGUUCACAUACAGAUUCCUUGUUGGAAAGUUGAAUCAUUUCGCUACACCACUCCACUACCCAAAAGACCUGGGUUCAAAUACUAUUUAAAAUAAUUUACAUACUUUAUCUGGUCUUAUUGAGCUUGCCUGUCACAAUGGAAACCAAUGGAAUGUCACAAAACUACAAACGCCUGCCAUCUGGCACUCCAGACAGGGUAAAAACAAACACUCAAAGUAUUUGAAAGAUAUCAAUAGUAUUUGAACCUAGAUCUGCUGUUAUGCCCUAACAUUGCAUAACAGGCCUACUAAUCAUUGGUUUUGUCACUGGCUUUUAAAAACUAUCCGGCUCUGAUCUAGGCCAACAUCAUACAAAUUGAUUUGAGAAAACGGGAAAGGAGAAUUGUCUCAUAGCAGGGCCUCUGUUUCCCAAGCUGUUGAAAAGGCUGUUUUUGUUACGAAAAUCAAUUGUAUGAUUUUAAGUAAUUAAUUGCUUUAUGCAUGACUACUAUUAUCAUCAGAAAAGCAGAACUUAAAUUGGUACAAAAACUUUGUUUGCAAUACAGAGAUCACGUUCUGUAGUCUGACAGGUUUACACACUGCACAGGGUUUGGCCACUCUCCAUACAGACUUUCAAUCUUCAGUUUCAGGCUGUCGCUGGGCAAUAUGGACUUUCAGCUCACUCCAAGAUUUCUAUUGGGUUAGUUCUGGAGAUGGCUAGGCACUCCAGGGCCUUGAGAGCUUCUUACGGAGCCACUCCUUAGUUGCCCUGGCUGUGUGUUUCGGGUCGUUGUCAUGCUGGAAGACCCAGCCACGACCCAUCUUCAAUGCUCUUACUGAGGGAAGGAGGUUGUUGGCCAAGAUCUCGCGAUACAUGGCCCCAUCCAUCCUCCCCUCAAUACGGUGCAGUCGUCCUGUCCCCUUUGCAGAAAAGCAUCCCCAAAGAAUGAUGUUUCCACCUCCAUGCUUCACGGUUGGGAUGGUGUUCUUGGGGUUGUACUCAUCCUUCUUCUUCCUCCAAACACGCCGAGUGGAGUUUAGACCAAAAAGCUCUAUUUUUGUCUCAUCAGACCACAUGACCUUCUCCCAUUCCUCCUCUGGAUCAUCCAGAUGGUCAUUGGCAAACUUCAGACGGGCCUGGACAUGCGCUGGCUUGAGCAGGGGGGACCUUGCGUGCGCUGCAGGAUUUUAAUCCAUGACGGCGUAGUGUGUUACUAAUGGUUUUCUUUGAGACUGUGGUCCCAGCUCUCUUCAGGUCAUUGACCAGGUCCUGCCGUGUAGUUCUGGGCUGAUCCCUCACCUUCCUCAUGAUUAUUGAUGCCCCACGAGGUGAGAUCUUGCAUGGAGCCCCAGACCGAGGGUGAUUGACCGUCAUCUUGAACUUCUUCCAUUUUCUAAUAAUUGCGGCAACAGUUGUUGCCUUCUCACCAAGCUGCUUGCCUAUUGUCCUGUAGCCCAUCCCAGCCUUGUGCAGGUCUACAAUUUUAUCCCUGGUGUCCUUACACAGCUCUCUGGUCUUGGCCAUUGUGGAGAGGUUGGAGUCUGUUUGAUUGAGUGUGUGGACAGGUGUCUUUUAUACAGGUAACGAGUUCAAACAGGUGCAGUUAAUACAGGUAAUGAGUGGAGAACAGGAGGGCUUCUUAAAGAAAAACUAACAGGUCUGUGAGAGCCGGAAUUCUUACUGGUUGGUAGGUGAUCAAAUACUUAUGUCAUGCAAUAAAAUGCAAAUUAAUUACUUAAAAAUCAAACAAUGUGAUUUUCUGGAUUUUUGUUUUAGAUUAUGUCUCUCACAUAGUGAGACCUAUGAUAGAAAUGACAGACCUCUACAUGCUUUGUAAGUAGGAAAACCUUCAAAAUCGGCAGUGUAUCAAAUACUUGUUCUCCCCACUGUAUAUAUAUAAUAUAUAAAUAAUUGCAAACAUCUGCUAUACUUCUCUCUUCAUAUUUCACCUCUGCUUGGUGUUACAGUAUGAGUGGAGGUCUUAGGUGGGAUGAGAACUAUAAAGUUACGUGUAUGUCUCUUUAAUGUUGUUGUCUGUGUUGUUAUCUACGUUUGCACUCUAGCAACACAUGUAUUACUUUUUAAUGCGGUUCUGUCAUGUCAAUAGCUACUUCCCACUGGGCACACACUGGUUGAAUCAACGUUGUUUCCACGUAAUAUCUAUGAAAUUACGUCGAACCAACGUGGAAUAGACGUUGGCAACAUCUGUAGUGGCAUACAUACAUUGUUUCUGCUUUGAAACCAUGACAACUGAUUUCACAUACAGAUUCCUUGUUGGAAAGUUGAAUCAUUUCGCUACACCACUCCACUACCCAAUAGACCUGGGUUCAAAUACUAUUUAAAAUAAUUUACAAUACUUUAUCUGGUCUUGAUUGAGCUUGCCUGUCACAAUGGAACCAAUGGAAUAGUCACAAAACUACAAACGCCUGCCAUCUGGCACUCCAGACAGGCUAAAGCAAACACUCAAAGUAUUUGAAAGAUCUCACAUAGUAUUUGAACCUAGAUCUACUGUUCUGCCCUAACAUUGCAUAACAGGCCUACUGAAUCAUUGGUUUGUCACUGGCUUUUAAAAACUGGUCCGGCUCUGAUCCUAGGCCAACAUCAUACAAAUUGAUUUGAGAAAACGGGAAAGGAGAAUUGUCUCAUAGCAGGCCUCUGUUUCCCAAAGCUGAUGAAUGAAAGAAAGGCCUUGUUAUUGGUCAUCACGUAACAGUGUUGUAAUGUUGUACCAUAUGAGCACACGGAGUGGCAUCUAAUUACUUCCUAAUGAUGGAUAUCUGUAGCCAUAGAGAUACAACAGUGUUGUCUUUGAUUCUCUUGCCAUUGCUACAUAAAACACUGUAGCAGAAUGCACAAGGCACAGGGGUCAUGGCGGAGCAGGGGGCAUAUGGGGUCAGAAAUAGAGCCCUCACAUAUAACACAACAUUACAAGACAUGACAUAACAUGACAUCUGAGAAUACACUUCACCCCAAGAAAUGAGACUCACUGAUUUACUGAACUUUUACCAUGUUCUUCCUUAGGAAAUGGAAAUAUUAUUUAAUGUCUACCUGACUCUCUCUCUCUCUCUCUCUCUCUCUCUCUCUGUCUCUGUCUCUGUCUCUGUCUCUCUCUCUCUCUGUCUCUCUCUCUCUCUCUCUCUCUCUCUCUAUCUCUCUCCCUGUCUCUCUCUCUGUCUCUCUCUCUCUGUCUCUCUCUCGCUCUCGCUCUCCACCCUAUCUCUCUCUCUCUCUCUCUCUCUCUCUCUCUCUCUCUCUCUCUCUCUCUCUCUCUCUCUCUCUCUCUCUCUCUCUCUCUCUCUCUCUCUCUCCCACCCUAUCUCUCUCUCUCGCUCUCUCCAGGUCUGCGAGCCAGAGAACCCCUGCAAAGACAAGACCCACAACUGUCACCGGUCCUCAGAGUGUAUCUACCUCAGCCACUUUAGUGACCCCAUGUACAAGUGUGAGUGCAGGAUCGGCUACGCUGGUGAUGGCUUCAUCUGUGGAGAGGACUCAGACCUGGAUGGAUGGCCUAAUCAGAACCUGGUGUGUGGCGCCAACGCCACCUAUCACUGCAGAAAGGUAACAGACCCUAACUUUAUGUUCUCUGUGGGCCACUUUCCUGGAUACAGAGUAAGCCUAGUCCCUAGUCCCAAAUUAAAUAUGCACUCUUGAACUUUUGUAUAAUUUCAGCAAGUAGUUUUGAAAGUGGUGCUCACGAGCCAAAACGGGUCCCUGUUUUUUUUGGUGUGAUAUGUUACGAAUUUUGAAAUGUGUAUGAUAACAUACAUAUUUUGCAUUUCUUGUGCUUAAGAUCGUGGAGUGCAUUUUUAAGUCUAGACCUUCCUGGAAUAAAAAGGGCUUUCAAUUGAGAUUAUCAAUUGAGCAUACACUUUAGUCCAGGACUAGGCUAAAUCUUAUUAAGUCCAGGAAACUGUCCUAAUAACAUUUAUCCUCAAUACCAGACCUGCAGAUUUUCCACAUUUUCUAAUCUUACAGAAUGACAAUCUUUGACAUUUUUCUUCCUGUGGCUAUUUCUAAAACUGUUUCCAUUUAUUUAUCCAUCUUUAACAGGAUAACUGCCCCAACCUGCCUAACUCUGGACAGGAAGAUUUUGACAAAGACGGCCAGGGAGACGCUUGUGACCAGGAUGAUGACAACGAUGGAAUCAUGGAUGAAAGAGUAAGAUACCUUUUAUAAGGCAAAUGGAUGAAAAGAUUCAGUAACUCUUGGUACAAUCUUAGAGAAAAAAGGUGCUAUCUAGAACCUAAAGGGUUCUACAUGGGACCAAAAAGGGUUCUACCUGGAACCAAAAAUAGUUAUCCUAUGGCGACAGCCGAAGAAUCGUUUUGGAACCCUUUUUUCUAAGAGUGUAGGACAAUGGAAGUUUGCUUCAGAGGUCAAUGUUUUAUUGUUAAAACCAACAAAUGUUUCUGCAAAUGCCUUCAUCAGGGUAUUUAGAUGAAUUCAAUAGGGAAUCAAAAGCCCUCUCCAAAUAAAUGGACGCUCUAAUAAUACCCAUUUUGCUGCUCUCUCUCCUCAGGACAACUGUCCUCUCCUGUACAACCCCAGACAGUUUGACUUGAUGCUCUCUCUCUCUCUCUCCUCAGGACAACUGUCCUCUCCUGUACAACCCCAGACAGUUUGACUUGAUGCUCUCUCUCUCUCUCUCCUCAGGACAAACUGUCCUCUCCUGUACAACCCAGACAGUUUGACUUGAUGCUCUCUCUCUCUCUCUCCUCAGGACAACUGUCCUCUCAUGUACAACCCCAGACAGUUUGACUUGAUGCUCUCUCUCUCUCUCUCCUCAGGACAACUGUCCUCUCCUGUACAACCCCAGACAGUUUGACUUGAUGCUCUCUCUCUCUCUCCUCAGGACAACUGUCCUCUAAUGUACAACCCCAGACAGUUUGACUUGAUGCUCUCUCUCUCUCUCUCCUCAGGACAACUGUCCUCUAAUGUACAACCCCAGACAGUUUGACUUGAUGCUCUCUCUCUCUCUCUCCUCAGGACAACUGUCCUCUAAUGUACAAUCCUAGACAGUUUGACUUUGAUAAGGAUGAUGUGGGGGAUCGUUGUGACAACUGCCCCUACGAACACAACCCUGCCCAGAUCGACACCGACCACAACGGGGAAGGAGAUGCCUGUGCUGUCGACAUUGAUGGAGAUGGUACUAGCCUUUUAUUAGCAAGUUACUAAACAUGAUACAUUGCUGUAUUAUAGUGAUAUUUAGUGAAAACAGGGAAAGGCUCCUUCAACUCUUAUAACUUUUAUAUGCCCUCUAAUAUAUUAUUUAAAAGUCAUUCAUUUGUAUUGCUAUUGACAGUAGUUGGCUCUGAACUAGACAUGACAUUUAAAAAAUACUGAAUGGAUUAUUGCAGGAUAGUAAAUCAAGUGAUUGAUUAGCAUUAGUUACUUCUACGGCACGGAACGCGAAAUGCCACAUGCAAGCACAGGCAAGCAAAUAUCUAGGAUUAUGACUAAAGAUGUGUCCUGCACACAUGAUAUUACCGCUGCACGUUGUUUAAUGUCCAUUUCGCUUUUCCAUUAGAAAUCCUAAACGAGCAAGACAACUGCCCGUACGUGUACAACAAUGACCAGAAGGACACUGACAUGGAUGGAGUUGGUGACCAGUGUGACAACUGUCCUCUGCUACACAACCCUGACCAGGUAAGAAUGAAGAACAGUCACUUUGCCUUUUGUGUAAUUAGGGUUGCAAAAUUCCAGAAACACUCCCCAAAUUCCCAGGUUUCCCAGAAAUUCCCAGUUGGAGGAUUUGGAUGACCUCCCUCCUUGCAACCGGGGUUUCUGGAAAACAUUUGGAAAAGUUCUGGGAAAUGUUGUUAACAUGUAACCCUCUCCUGUCCUCUCCUGUCCUGUCCUCUCCUGUUCUCUCCUCUCUAACAGGCUGACACAGACAAUGACCUUGUAGGAGACCAGUGUGACAACAACCAAGACAUUGAUGAAGACGGUCACCAGAAUAACCUGGACAACUGUCCUUACGUCGCCAACUCCAACCAGGCAGACCACGAUAAGGACGGCAAGGGGGACGCCUGUGACUUCGACGAUGACAAUGACGGUAUCCCUGACGAUAGGGACAACUGUAGAUUGACACCCAACAAAGAUCAACUGGACUCUGAUGGUAAGGGGGAAAACACACACACACACAUACACACACCAUGCAUCAGCAUGUUGAAUACCCUCACGCCCGUGAAGAAUGCUGUGACUGUAGCUGCCUGAGGAGGAAUUAGUCUCCAGUAGCUGUAGGUUGAUUUGCGACUUCUGUAAUAGCCCUUUAUACAGUACCAUAGAUAAUAUAAUAUAAUAUAAUAUGCCAUUUAGCAGACGCUUUUAUCCAAAGCGACUUACAGUCAUGCAUGCAUACAUUUUUGGUGUAUGGGUGGUCCCGGGGAUCGAACCCACUACCUUGGCGUUACAAGCUCCGUGCUCUACCAGCUGAGCUACAGAGGACCACAUACCAGAUACUACCGAACAUCACACAGAGGGUUGCUUGUGAUACAGGAAUCUCCUGUUGAGGCUUCCCUGCACUUGUCCACCAUAAAACACACAUUGAAGAACCUAUUGCCCUCCUUUUUACAUUCAUAUUUGUUUAUAUAGGUCAACAUGCUAUGUCCCAUUUCCCUGUAAACUAUAGCUACUACUAAAACACCUGCGGUGUAUGAUAGAGGAAUAAAGUUUCCCUGUAUCUGCCCACCAUAAAAAACACAUGGGGUGCCUUUUACCUCUUAACCACCUCAUAUUUUUACAGUUCAAUAUGCCAUGUUCCAUUUCCCUCUUUCUCUCUACAAAAUGUGAAGUAUGGUGGGCGGUUUAGAAGUAGUGUACGCACAUCCAGGAACUUGCAGGUGCGGGGUACAAAAAGUGAACUGAUUAAAGAAAUAUAGAUAUCUAUACACUGUUGAAUUGUUGAAUUCUCCUGCAGUUUUAUUGUGCAAGUGCAAGUGUGGUGGGUGGGUCAGACAGUGAAGAGUUAACAAAAAGGGGUAUAUCUGGGUCAGGGUUGAUGACAUCAUUAGCAUAUGACUUUAUCGUGCGGAGCGGGAACCGGUGAGGGCAUCAUCCGCCAGCCAGCCACCCAGCCGCCAGGCCAUUAAUUUUUAUUUCCGAAGGGGGCAUCUGAGCUCGCUUGCUCUUGAUUAAUCCACAGUGCCCAAUUUCAAUUGUAUCAUGCAGGGUUACCUGAAGUUUGUUUAGCUGGCUUUAACUAGAAGCAGGCUGUGUGGAGACAGGGAGAGGUAGGGAACUAGAGAGUGAGAGAGAGCGAUGGAGAAAGAGACAGGGAGAGAGAGAGGGAGAGAGAGGGAACUAGAGAGCGAGAGAGAGCGAUGGAGAAAGAGAGAGAGAGAGGGAGAAAGAGAAUGAGAUACUUCUCAAGGAAAAACCCUCGAGCCAGAUCCCUUUACCCUCUUCACACCUCAUCAGAACGUGUUUAUUUGAUAGAAUCAAGUCAGCCCCCUGUCCAAUAACAAGAGAGUAGAGGAGAAAGAUGAGGAAACAGGCUUUACAGCUCGCUGGAGACUUCCCUUUGGUCUGUAUUAUGAGUAUGUUUCUAACAGGCUAUGGCCUCAACCAUCUGCACGGCAUGCAGAUGGCUGAGACUCCUUAUUGGACUUGGCGGACAUAUUAACAUUUACAGGAAUUGCGAUUAUUUUUAUGUAAACUUGGUAGAGUGAGUGAAAAGUCUACCUUCCCUGUGGUAGGACUGUUGCAACAUUAUUGCUAGUGUGGAGACUAGAGAGUUAUAUAGGCCUACUGUAGUCACCAAUCGUUCCAUUAAAAAGGAAUAGGAGAGCAACAACCAAAUGAAUUCAUGGUGCUCUUUUAUUCAUAAAAUAAUCUGACACGUUUUGACCAUAGUCUUUGUCAAAGUUCUCACACUAGGCCUCUGUAUUUUAACCCAACAUCUUCCAUUCUUCUAUCAACAGGCGACGGUAGAGGCGACGCCUGCAAAGACGACUUUGACAACGACAACAUCCCGGACAUCCUUGACGUGUGUCCUGAGAACAACGCCGUCAGCGUCACAAACUUCCGGAAGUUUCAGAUGGUGCACCUGGACCCCAAGGGAACAACGCAGAUCGACCCCAACUGGGUGGUUAGACAUCAGGGCAAGGAGCUGGUACAGACCGUCAACUCUGACCCUGGCAUUGCUGUUGGUGAGUAGGAUAUAACCUCAAUAUGUAGUCCCUAUACUGCCGUAAAAGAGAUAAAAAUAUUAGCAAUAGAUUAGAGAUAUUUAAUUCACUACAGUUUAGAUACAGUGGGGGAAAAAAGUAUUUAGUCAGCCACCAAUUGUGCAAGUUCUCCCACUUAAAAAGAUGAGAGAGGCCUGUAAUUUUCAUCAUAGGUACACGUCAACUAUGACAGACAAAAUGAGAAAAAAAAUCCAGAAAAUCACAUUGUAGGAUUUUUUAUGAAUUUAUUUGCAAAUUAUGGUGGAAAAUAAGUAUUUGGUCAAUAACAAAAGUUUCUCAAUACUUUGUUAUAUACCCUUUGUUGGCAAUGACACAGGUCAAACGUUUUCUGUAAGUCUUAACAAGGUUUUCACACACUGUUGCUGGUAUUUUGGCCCAUUCCUCCAUGCAGAUCUCCUCUAGAGCAGUGAUGUUUUGGGGCUGUCGCUGGGCAACACGGACUUUCAACUCCCUCCAAAGAUUUUCUAUGGGGUUGAGAUCUGGAGACUGGCUAGGCCACUCCAGGACCUUGAAAUGCUUCUUACGAAGCCACUCCUUCGUUGCCCAGGCGGUGUGUUUGGGAUCAUUGUCAUGCUGAAAGACCCAGCCACGUUUCAUCUGCAAUGCCCUUGCUGAUGGAAGGAGGUUUUCACUCAAAAUCUCACAAUACAUGGCCCCAUUCAUUCUUUCCUUUACACGGAUCAGUCGUCCUGGUCCCUUUGCAGAAAAACAGCCCCAAAGCAUGAUGUUUCCACCCCCAUGCUUCACAGUAGGUAUGGUGUUCUUUGAAUGCAACUCAGCAUUCUUUGUCCUCCAAACACGACGAGUUGAGUUUUUACCAAAAAGUUAUAUUUUGGUUUCAUCUGACCAUAUGACAUUCUCCCAAUAUGACAUUCUGCAUCCAAAUGCACUCUAGCAAACUUCAGACGGGCCUGGACAUGUACUGGCUUAAGCAGGGGGACACGUCUGGCACUGCAGGAUUUGGGUCCCUGGCGGCGUAGUGUGUUACUGAUGGUAGGCUUUGUUACUUUGGUCCCAGCUCUCUGCAGGUCAUUCACUAGGUCCCCCCGUGUGGUUCUGGGAUUUUUGCUCACCGUUCUUGUGAUCAUUUUGACCCCACGGGGUGAGAUCUUGCGUGGAGCCCCAGAUCGAGGGAGAUUAUCAGUGGUCUUGUAUGUCUUCCAUUUCCUAAUAAUUGCUCCCACAGUUGAUUUCUUCAAACCAAGCUGCUUACCUAUUGCAGAUUUAGUCUUCCCAGCCUGGUGCAGGUCUACAAUUUUGUUUCUGGUGUCCUUUGACAGCUCUUUGGUCUUGGCCAUAGUGGAGUUUGGAGUGUGACUGUUUGAGGUUGUGGACAGGUGUCUUUUAUACUGAUAACAAGUUCAAACAGGUGCCAUUAAUACAGGUAACGAGUGGAGGACAGAGGAGCCUCUUAAAGAAGAAGUUACAGGUCUGUGAGAGCCAGAAAUCUUGCUUGUUUGUAGGUGACCAAAUACUUAUUUUCCACCAUCAUUUGCAAAUAAAUUCAUUAAAAAUCCUACAAUGUGAUUUUCUGGAUUUUUUUUCCUCGUUUUGUCUGUCAUAGUUGACGUGUACCUAUGAUGAACAUUACAGGCCUCUCUCAUCUUUUUAAGUGGGAGAACUUGCACAAUUGGUGGCUGACUAAAUACUUGUUUUCCCCCACUGUAUGUGUAGAAUGUCAACUCUGACCCUGUCAUCACAGUGGGCGAGUAGAGCAGGACAACCUUACCUCUGAUAUUUUCAUGUAUUCCCUUGUAGGGUAGCAAAAUUCAAGAAACUCUCCCAGUUCCCAGAUUUUACAGAAGUCCCAGAUUCUCUCCCUGCUUAUUCUCUCCUGAUUCCAGGAAUCCGCAAUCUGGAUUUCAGGAGAUUUACAACCCUAUACAGUUAGGGCAUAUUUUACCAUAUGCAAGAUAUCAAACUAUUUCCAUUAUCUAUAAAUAUUGUGAAGAGCAGAAGUAUUAUUCAAAUGUGUGUGUCCCACCAACCAUCCUAAGUAUUCACUUUUUCUGUUCCACCAUCCUAGGCUUUGAUGAGUUCAACGCGGUGGACUUCAGUGGUACCUUCUACGUGAACACGGACCGGGAUGACGACUACGCAGGCUUUGUGUUCGGCUACCAGUCUAGCGGCCGCUUCUACGUGGUGAUGUGGAAGCAGAUCACUCAGACCUACUGGGAAGAUAAACCCUCCAAGGCCUUCGGUAUCUCUGGUGUCUCCCUUAAGGUGGUCAACUCAACCACAGGCACAGGGGAGAACCUGAGAAACGCCCUGUGGCACACAGGCAACACAAAAAAUCAGGUAUGCUAAGAUCCAAGUUAUAAUUUCGUAGAGCCAAAAAAUCAUACGGUUUCUCUGGUUUAGCCAGAGCAAUCUUAAGCAAUCUUUCAAUCAGCCAGUCAAAUGUAUAAAGUAAUCAUAGAUCAUAGAUCUUCACUAAUUCGAUUUUUCCUUCUCUGUUGUCCACAGGUGCGCACUCUGUGGCACGACCCAAAGAACAUUGGCUGGAAGGAUUACACAGCCUACAGGUGGCACCUCAUCCACAGACCCAAGACUGGAUUCAUCAGGUGAGCAGGUCUAGCCUAAUGCCUAGGCUUUAGCUCAGUGGGCUAAUACAGUCUUGUGGUAUGUAGGAGACCCGGGAUUGAAUCCAGUCGAUCACACCCAUUGCACUUUCCUCAGUAACAGUCUGAAAAUACUUUUUAUGAUAAUAUACUAUAGGUUAAGCUGUUAAGCAGGGUGUUUUGUUCAUAGUGUGCUUUGUCCAAAUGUACAGCACUCCAAGUGAUCAUUUUCAAUCAUUAAUUUAUUGUCUUGUUGUUUUUAUGUAGGGUUGUGGUUUAUGAAGGAAAACAGAUCUUGGCAGACUCAGGACCAGUGUACGACAAGACGUUUGCUGGAGGACGGUUAGGCCUGUUUGUCUUCUCCCAGGAACUGGUCUUCUUCUCCGAUCUCAAAUAUGAGUGUAGAGGUGAGUCCUGUAGCUAGAAGCACCAUUCUAGUUUGGUCCCAGAUCUGUUUGUGCUGUCUUGCUAACUCCGAUGGUGUCACUCUAAUUACCAUAGGAGUUGGCACAAACAGAACUGGUACCAGGCUAGUACAGUCCAUGGUUUGUGAAAAGAAUGGUUGGUUGGUAAUUGUGGAAGAGAUCUCUUCUUUUUGGGAGACAAAAUGCAGAUGAAGGGGUAAAAAAAGUGUUUUUAAAACCUUCAAAAUCUUUUCCAAUACUCAGAUAAGCUGGAGUUUCCAACUGUGUUGUCCAUCAGG